UAGAUUGUAGUCAUAAGUCUGACUUGGUUUCAUUUUCUUAUUUUCUUUAAACAGAUUUUAUUUUUAAUUCUUUAUUUUCUUAUGCUAUAUUAAUGGAGACCAAGUUUGUUCUCUUUUAAGCUACUAAAAGACAGUCUAACGAGGCAGUUCUGGAAAUGAAGUCGUCACAUGUUCUCACUGUUUCCGCUGGUUUAAUUGCUACCACAUUGUCUUUCACGUACUGGUCCAGAGUGAAAGAACAAAUCUGGUCCAGAGUGGCUAAAGAACAAAACAACAAGUCUAGAGUGGUGAAAGAACAAAACAACAACGAGAAGAUCAUUCCUCUAAAGAAAUCCAAAAUGAUAGAAGGCUUCCCUCACUAUGUUGUAAGACAGCUGGGAUUUGAAGAUCCUGUAAAAGUUCCAUUCUUGUGCCUACUACUUCAACAGUAUUUGAAAAAAUCUGAAGGAUACGAUGAGAGAAUGUAUGAGUAUAUUUUCAAUGGCAACAUAGAUAACGUAGAUCAUCUGUAUACAAAGCUGGAGCAUGAAUUCGAGAGAUGUAUUCUGAGUUAUUUUUCCUUCAACUGGGAUGAAGUUGCAACUGUCGUUAAUAAAGCUAUAAACCCGGAGUCUUCCUCGACGACGACAAAGCUAAGAGAAAUAGCAUUGACAGCUACAAGAGAAGAAAGAUUCAAAAGAUUAUCAAAGGAGUUGAAAAUGACCAGAAUAUUUUCAACGUUGAUAGAAGAAAUGAAAGCACUGCAUGGUCAAGAAAUGAUACCGGUAAACAGAAGUCCUGUACUCCUCUUAAUGGGAGGAGGCAUGGGUGCGGGAAAAAGCACCAUUCGUGAUGCAAUUCUUAAAGAGUAA